UUCAAAAUCAAGUGGAAAAGGAGCUGAAGUUCGUGCGAAAGCCUUUGCCGCAGAGUUAAAAGCUAAACAAUUAAUGGAAGAAGAAGAGAAAAGAAAACAAGAGUUGGAAAAACAAUUAGAACUUGAAAAAAAUGUAGCUAUGGCUAAAGAAAUAGCUGAAAGAGCAAAACUCGAGGCUGAAGAAAGACGAAAGGUCCAGCAAGCGAAGGAUGAAUGGAUGCGUCUAAGGGCGGAAGCAGAGAUCCUGGAAAAUGAAGAGGACAACCCAGAAAGUUUGUCAAACAGACUACGUGACUUUGAAAAUGAGACAAAUGAUAAAGAACAACCUCCAACAGUACAUCAACAAAGUCCUCUGAAGAUUAUAACAGAAAAAUCAGCACCAGUGAAAGUUCCUGAAAAUACUACUCAUAAGGGAACAUUAAACAGUCAAGUUGGUCAGAAACUUCCUAGUGGAAAUAGUGUACCAAGUAUAUAUGUUCAACCCAGCUCUAAUAAUCUGCCAAGAUUAAAAUUAACCACUUUUGAUGGGGACUCUCUUAAGUGGCCUGAUUGGUCUUCUAUGUUUAAAUCAAUGGUUGGUGAUGCAAACAUAUCCCUAAAUGCCAAAAUGCAACAUUUACAGAACUCAGUUACGGGUAAAGCUAAGACUUCAAUCGAGGGGUAUGGCUAUAGUGGUGAUUCAUAUAACAAAGCAAUGUCUGAGCUGGAAUCCAGAUUUGGUAAACCAUCAUUAGUCAUCAAAGCCACUCUUGGUAAGUUGAGAACCUUCAAUCGCUUACAAGAUAAUGAUCCAGAAAGUGUUCGAAGCUACUCUGAUGUUGUGUCAACUACUGUAUGGACGCUGUCAAGAUUUGGUUAUGUGAGUGAUCUUAAUGCGGAAGCAAACCUGUCGUUGGCUACAUACAAGUUAUCAAAUGAACUGCUACUAAAAUGGAAAGAACAUGUCAAGGAUGGCAAACUAGACCGUCCAAACUUGAGCCAGUUUUCAGAUUGGCUCAAAGGGCAAGCUGAUAUUUAUGAUGAGUGUGCAAGGUCAUCAAAGAAGAAUUUCAAGAGCAAAUACCAAAAGCAGUAUGGCCCAUCAAAUAGAGGAGAAAAUCAAACUGUAUUAUCAUGCAUAAUGUUAGAUGGAAGUAAACAUAGCCUUAGUGAAUGUGCGAAGUUCAAGAGUUUAUCUGUCGAAGACCGACUUGUGGAAGUUAGGAAACAUCGACUAUGUUUUUGCUGUUUAAGUAAGGAACAUUGGUCAAACAAAUGUCCUGUAAGAAAGCAGUGUCAAAUAAAUGGAUGCAAAGGAUAUCAUCACAGUCUUUUACACAGAAUGGAAAAUAAGGAACCUGGCUCUGGAAAUAAACCACCUGAAAGAGAAGAGAACAUUGGAGCAACGUUUGAAAGUAAACAAUGUUCGCAGGUCAAAAGGGGUAUGCCGGUCUUACUCCAGGUUAUACCUGUCACUGUACAUGGUCCAAAUGGAUAUUUGAACACCCAUGCAAUGCUGGACAGUGGUAGUACAUGCAGUUUGGUCUUAUCUAGUGUUGCUGAAAAGCUUGGUUUGGAAGGUUCAGAGGAACGAAUUAUAUUGAAUGGAAUUCAGGGAACUUCUGAACUGAAUUCGAGACGAGUUAAUACUCAAGUAAGUGCAGUCAAUAUGGUGACACCACGUUUUGAUGUGAACGGAGCAUUGGUUGUUGAGCACUUGAAUAUUGCCCAGCAGAAGGUGAACUUGGUGGAUGUAAAGUCUAAAUGGCCGCAUCUAAAGGAAAUAGACAUACCGGAAGCGAGUAGUUGUGAUGUUUCGUUGCUUAUUGGUAGUGACUGUCUAGACAUUAUCUUACCCAUUGAGACACGAUGUGGUCCUAGAGGAACUCCAGUUGGAAUUCGUACAAAGCUUGGUUGGACGAUAACUGGACCUCUUCCGGGUUAUAUUCGGACAUCCGAGGGUAUCUUCCAUACUUAUGUUCGUUCACCUGAUGAAGAGCUUCACAACCAAGUAAAGUUGUGGUGGCGUACUGAGGAAUUUGGAUGCAAGUAUGACGUGGAAACCCAAAGGUCGGUUGAGGAUGAGUCACAAUGGCCGGAAGACGUUACAAACCGAGUGGUCAACGAUAACAUUCCAGAUGUUGUUACUGAAAGCGAUGUUCAGUUUACCGGAAAAGUGACGACUCAGAGUGAACCAGAAGAACUAGUUAACCUUGCCAGAUACUCUUCGUACUCUCGCGCGUUGACUGUUAUGGUGUAUGUACAACGAUUUCUGCGUAACUGCAAAGUACCCGUGUCUGAAAGAACGUUUGGUAGUCCGUUAGUCGAAGAACUCGAAAAAGCAAAGAAAACUCUGAUUCGCCAAGAGCAAAUUAAAACAUUCACUUCGGAAUUUAGAGAGCUUAAACGUGGACGUCCUGUGCACAAGCAAAGUAAAUUAGUAUCUUUGACACCCUUCUUAGACGAAGAUGACAUAAUACGCGUUGGUGGUCGCAUUGGAAAGGCUGCUAUACCUUUUGUUACUCGGCAUCCGAUCGUAUUGGAUUCUAGUGGUAAUCUAACCAAACUAAUUGUCAUGGAUACCCACAACAAGCUUGGACACGCGGGAGUGGACAAUGUUCGAAACGAGCUUCGACAGCAGUUUUGGAUCCUUCGCUGUAAAGCCACGGUUAAGAAGAAUCUUCAUAGUUGUUGGUUGUGCAAACUACGCCGUACCGUGCCACGUCCACCGAGAAUGGCUGAUUUACCACGCGACCGGCUGUUGGUGAGUCCUCCCUUUACGAAAGUUGGCGUUGAUUACUUUGGCCCGCUACAGGUGAAAUAUGGAAGAAAGCAUUUAAAAAGGUACAUUUGUCUUUUUACCUGUCUCGUGACACGAGCGGUCCAUUUGGAAGUAGCAUUCUCUCUCGAAACUGACUCUUUUAUUAUGUGUCUCCGAAGGUUUGUGGCACGGAGAGGUAGUCCUCAAGUCAUCUAUUCGGAUAAUGGGACAAAUUUCGUGGGAGCCGAUUGGGAGCUCAAGGAGUGUAUUGAAAAUUGGAAUCAAAGUCAAAUCGCUAACGAACUUAGUCAAAAGGGAAUAAAAUGGGUGUUCAAUCUCCCAGCAUCACCACACAUGGGAGGAGCAUGGGAGAGACUAGUGCGUUCGUGUAAGACAACAUUCAAAGCAGUGUUAAAGAAACAAGUGUUGACCGAUGAAGUCCUGGCAACUACAAUGGCAGAAGUGGAAUCAUUAGUAAACAGUCGCCCUCUGACCGAAGUUAGCUCUGAUGUUGACGCAAUGGAAGCGAUUACGCCAAAUCAUUUCCUUUUAGGACGUCCUAGUAUAAACUUAUCGCCUGGUGUAUUCGUUGAUAAAGAGAUAUCGAGUCGUAAGCGUUGGAGACAAGCGCAAGUGGUCACAAAUCACUUAUGGGGACGUUGGUUAAGAGAAUAUUUGCCUGCUCUUGUUCAAAGGGCAAAGUGGACGCACGACGUACCGAAUCUUAAAGUUGGAGAUCUGGUUAUUGUGGUGGAUUAUUCUACUCCGCGUGGCACAUGGCCUUUGGGAAGAAUUAUUGAAGUCUACCGAGGUUCUGACAAGAUAGUACGCAGUGUUGAUGUGAAAACGAAGUUUGGAGUCUUCAGGAGACCAGCGCAACAAAGAUUGCAACACUCGAGGAGUGAUCGUACUCCUAAUGACCAACGAUCACGGGGGGAGGAUGUUCAGACUGAUUUGAAUAUUCAUAUUUCAUUUAUUAUGCGAAAUACGAACGCGUACGGGGUCCCGGGAUCCCGGGGAAAAGCCCCGAAGAUUCCCGGAUGAAAGUGUGCUCGAGAGACAAAAAUAUAGUUUUUAGUGUGUUUUGGUUUGGAAUAUAUUCAUGUUUCUUUAUAAAGUUUUGGUACUUUUCUUGGUUUAAUGUUAAUUAUUGUUGCCCCAGUCGUUAGUUGGGAUGGCCCUAAGCUGGUGGUAACACAAUGCGUAUGAAAGUUGAAGUUUGGCAGUUUGAUCAGACAAAUAUUUUAUCAAUAUCUUGUCAUCACGAAAGUCCUUAACGUGAUCGAUGAUGCUCUUGGUGUCUUGGUUGUAAAAUAGACUGUUAUAGAAAUCCAUACCUUCACUUGCAUGUGGACGAAAUUUGACAGUCGUUUUUAACUGUCCGUCUGCGGAGUAGAUGUAAAGCACAUUUGAAACUAUCAAAUCAUCAGUCCACUGCCACGUUGUGAGUAUUAUUUCAUUAUCGUAAGAAACAGAUACUGACUGUAUUGCAUAAUUGUCAGGAUCAAUCGGAUGAGCUAAUUCAGAGCUGUUUGUCAGUUUUCCUUCGCAGUUACAUAAAUAUACCUUAAUUUUGUCCGCAUGUUCGAAACAAAUGACAAUAUUUUUGUUAUUGGUGACAGUAAUGAAUUUAAAGCCCGACAGCCCUUGAAGAAAUUCUAAACAACAAUGAUGUGUAUUUCUUUCAUCUGGACUAUAGAUUGACAAUGUGUAUCCAUCUUUGUUGUCCCACGACAGAACGUACACUGUGUCGUUAUCAUCGAUAGCUAUACCAAUCAAUUUACCGCUGGGCUGAGGAUGUUCAGUGUUGUCUUCCAAAGGAGAAAGGCAGUACGGCUGCAGCUUACCUGUCGCUUUGUCGAGUUUUUGAGGACCAUGUUUGUCAUCUGUGAAACAAACAAGAUUUCCUUUUUUGUCCAAUGUGGAUGCAUAAUGGCUUUCUUCAGCUACUACAAUGUCCCAGGGUGGUGUUAUUUUUAUAUCUUUCAUAUUUGGUGCACUCUCGUCUUUGAAAUGAAUUAGAUGGACAACUCGCUUAUCACAUUCUAUCAUUGGCCAAUCAAAAACAGCCAUUCUUUGCUUUGCAAACUUCGAGAUAAAAUCAGCCAAGAUCAAAUUGAUCAUCGUUAGGGUUUCCACGAUUUCUGCUCGUGAGACUUUCUUGAAACCUGAUUUGAGCCGUGAUUUUAUUCCUGUUCCCACGUGCACUGAAAAUAUUUCCUUUAUGGCUGGCAUAUCAUGCAAUUCUCGCAAGUACUGCAAACAGUCACUCGCACCGCGAAUUCUGGGACUUCCAAAUGUAGAAGUAUCCCGCUUGCGAUGCGUACUUUACUCCCCAAAAUUCUCUCCUCCGUACUCAGUGCUGCGUUAUGAAAUGCUCGUGUUGCUUCUUUCCCAGCAUCUUCAAAGGAUUUUUUAGCAAAUUCGAAUCGCUUAUUUGACUCGAUCUUCAGUUUUCCAACGGGAUUGACCAGCGCAAGUAUGUCUUCUACAGCCACCGAUUGUUGAGCUUGCUUCUUGUCGGUUGAACUUGCCCCAGCGCAAGUUUUUGUUGUGCUUUGUGAUUGCUUUCUGUCACUUGGUGAUUCAGAUGUAGAUGUGUUUCCACUCUCAGAAGACUCGCUAAAAGACAUGUUUAGACGUUGGAUGCCUAGUUGUAGAAAACUAAUGCUCGCACAAAGAUCUUUUCUCGAAAUAGCAUCAAGUUUCGAUUUGAUGUCGUCCAGUUCACGAACAAUCAAACCUCGAAACAUUUGAUCGGUGAGACCUCCAUCUUGGAGUUUCUCAGCGCCAUAAGUACGAAGUUUGUUCGAUAUUAAACCGAAGGUAACCUUCAACAAACCUGUUAUCACUUCAGACAUCGUAUAUCACAACCAAGUCGAGUUAAAAUAUCAGUGAGGAAAUAUUUGAUGAGAAAGACUGUUUUGAAACAGUCACAUGCAUGCAGAAUGACAAAGACGUUUUUGAAACGGUCACAUGCACAACUAGACUACAGUCAAGUGAUUUAACUUCCUAUGAUGUGUAAUGUUUGGAACAUUCCAAUAUUUUUUUAGUUGGUUGACCUUGUUCGACCUCCUUGGUACAAACUUGUUCACGCAAUAUUUUGCUAAAACAAAAAACAUGUAGCUAGCAAUCAAAUUCUUGAGAUCAUUGUCAUUGAGUUUGGUCUUUGGUGAAGAUCCAUGCAUAAUUCAAUAUUUUUUACCCAACAGGAGUAAAUAAUGAUGGAUAUAUAUACAAGAAAUUUCUUGAGAUGCCUUAUGAGACAUCGGUGUCAAAAUAAUGUAUAGGUAUCUGAUAUAUAUAAACUUGAUUUGAACAAUGUUUUACAUAGUUGAUUCCUUAGUAAUGUCAGAUUUCUAGGCCUAUUGUCUAGCAAUAUUUAACUGUCUUCAUUUUAUACACCAGUAAGCAUUGGCCUGCGCUGUCAAGUUUAUAUAUUUUUAAGGGGAACAGCUAAAUCAUGGAGGGAAAGUUAGAUCGGAGAGUUAUGAUUUCGAAGAGCUAAGUUCAAGCAUGCACGCGCACUUUUUUCAACGACCGAUGGCGAUGCUGCCUUUCAAGCAAGGAACGAGAGAGUUGAACUCUUUUCCGUCAAAACGUGAUUACGUGUAAGUUGGGAAGCGAGGCGAUUUAUUAUUUUAAAGAGAGUCGGAUUAUUAUUUUAAAGUUAACGCCAAUCAUGCUCUGAAAAAUGUAGCGAUUAUAAAAGAAUUUCCGAAAAUCGUUCGCGAAAUUUCGUCGACGGCGGGCGAAAAUGUCAGUGGAAAGUCGGUUUAAGAUCUAACCAUGCAGGAACAGCUGUGUUACGUUGGUCUAAAAUUGAAGAAUGAUAAUCUUCCAGUCGAAUUUUCCUACAAAAACUCUUAAUCUGUUAGUUCUAUCAAGGGAGAUGUCGGCUAAAAAUCUCAAUAAACAGUAAAGUCUAUCAACAAAUCUAUAGUCAAUACUGUAAAUACAAAAUUUCAAAUUUUACAAAUCUAUAGUCAAUACACAAAUUUUUCAAAGGAUUUGCAAAUGUAAUUUUCGAGUGGAAUUAUUAUACAUUUAGUAGACCUAACCAGGAGCAGUUGCGAAAAAGUUUCAAACCUUCUUCCAAACCUUGUCGACCAUACAUUCAGUAUCAGUUUAUUAACCUAAUCAAUUAUUUGAUCAUUUUGAUAUUAAUCUUGGUGCUUAUAGUAUACUUUCAUAUUAUAUCUCACUAUUUCCGAGUCUUUCUGGAAUUUCAUUCUUUAUGAACGUCGAAAUAUUCUCACUCUAUUGCAUACAAUUUACAUUUAAUGAAAAAAAUUCAAUCUGUCAUUCACAAUUCUCUGACUAAAUAGUAACAUUAAUAAUAAUGUAGUAUCUCGACGUUAACAUCGUGACACAAUACUUUUUGUGUGUGUUGGCAUGUCUCUAUGUGUAAAACUAUACAGUGCUCCCAAAAUAUGCAAAAGUAUUUUCUUAUGUUUUAUUUGUUUUCUAACAAUUUUUUCUGUAUCGCAAAGGUCGCGCGGGUUCGAUUCCCACCGUGGUCAGGCAAAAGUUUCCAUAGGCGUACGGGAAGGAAAAAAUUAGAGGGGCAAAAAGAAACUUGCCCGACUUUUUCGAAUUUUGCCCAACCAGUGCCCGAAAAAAUUUUUUCCGGAAAAAUAAAUUUUGGAGACCUCUCGCCCCCCCGUCGCCAAAAAAUUUCGGUCAGUGUACCAUUUUAGGGGUCCAAAAUUUUUUUUGACAUACCAAAAUUUUUCGGAACAUCAAACAAAUUUUCCCAAACAUCACAAAAUUUACAUAACUUCCCUCAAAAUUGGCAGAAUUUGUCCCAUUUAUUUUUAUAAUAGCCCAAUAUUGCCCGACUGUGAAGCGAAUAUUGCUCAACUGGCUUGGUUUGCCCAAUAAACUGGGGUUAUUAUUACGAGAGAUUUUAUUGCUUUGACUACUUUUUCCCCGACUUUUGCCCGACUUUUGUUGAACAUUUGCCCGACUUUUCGACUUUGUAAUCUUUUGGGGGGGGCAGCUGCCCCCUGUCCCCCCCGUCCCGUACGCCAAUGAACGUUUCAGCUUGCCCGGUGUGGAUACACACUCAGUGUAACAUCACAAACAUCAUGACACAAUACAUUCUACCGAGGCAGGCCUAGCAAAUUGCCCGAUUUUUAAGUAGAAUCUGCCCGAUCAUUAAAAUUAAUAUUAGUUGAUAAUCGCUUUACUGAUUAGCAUGACCAUAUUUUACAGGUAUUGCUAAAGCUUAACUAUAACGUAACAAUUUGAUAACAUAUAGAAAUAUUUAAGAAGUAGACUAUAAGAAGAUACUAUUUACAGGAUUAAGAGUUUAACUAAUGACUACCAGCAUUCCCGGCUUCAAGUUGUUUAAAAGUAAAAGUGAAGGGGCUGCGGCUCCCCCCCCCCCCUCCCGUCUCCCAGGCCUAUGGGGAAAGGCCUAGGUACUAGGGUACGUAGAGACACUGACCAAUCAGAGCACAACAACAACAUUCUUUUAUUACUAGUAAAAGAUACAUGAUUUAUUUUCAUUGGUUUAGUAUAUAUUGAAAUAUCUGCAGUAAAAUACCUAUAUUAGACACAAAUGAAUAUAUGUGCACAGGACAAGCAUUUUAGAUAUGAUAAAACACUUACACGACUACAACAAGUACAAGCGUUCUGAAUAGCUUCAAACACGACUACAAUAAAUGCGCAUGCCGUCUCAGUAUUGUUUAUAUAAAGAAUACUAAUUAGGAUGGACUUUUAUUUAAACAAUAUUAAUGAAUUUUUUUAUGUGUUGGUGUAGUGUACUCAGGUGAAUAUGAUAUUUGUGGUGUUACUCUGAGUGUAUAUCCACACCGGGCGAGCUUGAAAAAUAUGCCCGGUCACGGUGGGAUUCGAACCUACGACCUUUGGAAUACUAGUAACUAGCCCAAUGCUCUUCCAACUGAGCUACGCGGUCAGGAGGGUUCGAGUAAGUGAUAUUUCGGAACAGAAUCUAGUUCCUUCGAUACCAAUGUAUUCUAGUAAUAUAGAGAGAUAAAGAGCAUUGGGCUAGUAUUCCAAAGGUCGUAGGUUCGAAUCCCACCGUGGCCGGGCAUAUUUUUCAAGCUCGCCCGGUGUGGAUAUACACUCAGAGUAACACCACAAAUAUCAUAUUCACCUGAGUACACUACACCAACACAGAAAAAAAUUCAUAUUACUAGAAUACAUUGGUAUCGAAGGAACUAGAUUCUGUUCCGAAAUAUCCCUUACUCGAACCGUCCUGACCGCGUAGCUCAGUUGGAAGAGCAUUGGGCUAGUAUUCCAAAGGUCGUAGGUUCGAAUCCCACCGUGGCCGGGCAUAUUUUUCAAGCUCGCCCGGUGUGGAUAUGCACUCAGAGUAACAUCGCAAACAUAAGAAGUUCAGUGUUGACCAGGGCGGAGAGCAUGUUUGGUACAUCCCUCAUCAUGGAGUGUAUAAUCCAAUGAAACCAAACAAGAUUAGAGUAGUUUUUGAUUGUUCGGCCGAAUAUAAUGGUGAUUCCCUUAACAAACACUUAUUGCAAGGACCGGACUUGACCAAUAGUCUAUUUGGCAUCCUUUGUCGAUUUCGUCAAGAACCAGUGGGCGUAAUGUGUGACAUCGAAGCCAUGUUCCAUCAGGUGAAGGUGACUCCUGACUGUAGAGAUUAUUUACGCUUUUUAUGGUGGAAUGAUGGUAAUAUAUCGAGAGAACCUGACGAAUACAGAAUGGCAGUCCACUUAUUCGGCGCAACAUCAUCGCCUGGCUGUUGUAACUAUGCCCUGAAAAGCACUGCUGAUGAUAACGAGACGAGUGUUGGUUCUGAUGCCGCUGAAUUCCUGCGGAAAGAUUUCUACGUAGACGACGGUUUGAAAUCUUUGGCCACUACGUCAGAAGCAAUAUCUUUGAUGAAAGAAACAAAGGAGAUGUGUAGAAGAGGAGGAUUUAAUCUACAAAAAUUUACAUCCAACAAGAAGCAAGUAAUCGAAGCCAUUCCCAAGAAAGAUCGAGCAGAGAAGAUCAGAAACCUGGAUCUCAUUAACGAGGAAAUGCCAAUAGAACGGGCCCUUGGCAUUCAGUGGUGCACCGAACGAGACGAGUUCCAGUUCAAUAUUAUGAUGAGAAGUCGACCAUGUACAAGACGUGGUGUUCUAUCAGCAGUGAGUUCUGUGUACGAUCCUUUGGGUUUUCUUGCUCCAGUCCU